GCGAGUCAGCUUUAGUCCCCACAGCCUUUCUAGUCUCUGAACUGUCUUCCUGGAGAGCUGGAGUCGCCUUUGAAGUUGUCGUCCCUACUGGACCCUUACAGGAAGCUACAUAUGCCCAGCUGGGGCACAACCCCAGCUGAUGCCCCAGAGAGGCCACCCAUCUCAGGAGAGGCUUUGGGCCCUGCCCUCCCUCCCCAUGGCACAUGGACCAGGAUCUGAAGCUGAGGGGUUGCUGGACCUCAGCUUCCUGACAGAGGAGGAACAGGAGGCCAUCUCUGAUGUCCUCAAACGAGAUGCCCACCUGCGCCAGCUGGAGGAAGGGCGGGUCAGCAAGCUCCGGGCCUCCCUGGAAGACCCCUGGCAGCUGAAGAUCCUGACAGGGGACUGGUUCCAAGAAGCGCGUUCCCAGAGGCACCAUCACGCCCAUUUUGGUUCUGACCUCGUCCGGGCUUCUAUCCGAAGGAAGAAGAGCCCAAAGGGGGACCAGGCUCUGGGGAGUGAUGGUGAAGCAGAGGCUGCUGGGGAAAACACCAUUGAAGGAGAGCCGGAGUCCAGGGUCUCCAUAGAGGUGGCAGCUCCAGAGAGAAACACUGAGACCCAAGGGCCUGAUUUGUUCUCACCAUAUGUACCCUCAAAGGCUUCCGAAGGUCAGGAGGAGGAGCCCCAGGACCAGGAAUGUGAGCUGGAGGCCCCUGGCGAAGGGGGUGUGCAGGUGGCAGAGGCGGACCCAGAGCUGGAUCCUGAGCAGAAGGCGGAGCAGGAGUCCCAGCCAACUCCAGCCCAGUCCAAGGCGACCUCCAAGAUCCUGGAGAAUGGAGAAGAGGCCCCGGGGCUCGGCCCCUCUCUUGACCGCAUGCUCAGCAGCAGCUCCUCUGUGUCCAGCCUCAAUUCCUCUACGCUGAGCGGCAGCCUGAUGAGCCUAUCCGGGGAGGCAGAGGCAGGCACGGUGCAGGUGCGAGGCUCCGUGCUCUUCUCGCUGCGCUACGAGCCUGGCACCUCUGAGCUGCGAGUACAGGUGAUCCAGUGCCAGGGCCUGGCCGCUGCCCGGCGACGCCGCUCCGAUCCCUACGUGAAAAGCUACCUCCUCCCGGAUAAGCAGAGCAAGCGUAAGACGUCAGUGAAGAAACGGAAUCUGAACCCGAUCUUCAACGAGACUCUGCGGCACUCUGUCCAGCAGGCUGAUCUCCCAGGCCGCGUGCUGAGCCUGUCCGUGUGGCACCGGGAAAGUCUGGGUCGCAACAUCUUCCUGGGAGAAGUAGAAGUGCCCCUAGACACAUGGAACUGGGACUCUGAGGCUACCUGGCUCCCCCUGCAGCCUCGGGUUCCUCCAUCUCCAGAUGAGCUUCCCAGCCGUGGACUGCUGUCUCUGUCCCUUAAGUAUGUCCCUGCCGGCUCAGAGGGAGGAGGACAGCCUCAGAGUGGGGAGUUACACUUCUGGGUAAAGGAAGCUCAGAGCCUGGUACCACUGCGACCAGGAUCCCUGGACACUUACAUUCAAUGCUCAGUGCUGCCUGAUGACAGUCGGGCCAGCCGCCAACGCACAAGAGUGGUUCGAAGAAGUCUCAGCCCUGUGUUCAACCACACCAUGGUUUAUGACGGCUUCGGGCCUGCUGACCUACGCCAGGCCUGUGCCGAGCUCUCCCUGUGGGACCAUGGGGCCCUGGCCAGUCGCCAGCUGGGGGGCACACGCCUCAGCCUUGGUACAGGCAGCAGUUAUGGGCUUCAGGUGCCCUGGAUGGAUUCCACACCGGAGGAGAAGCAGCUGUGGCAGACACUCCUGGAGCGGCCCUGUGAGUGGGUGGAUGGCCUUCUGCCCCUCAGAACCAACCUGGUCCCCAGGGCAUAGCCUUGUCAAACCCUUCUGUGGACCCCCACCUAAAGCACACCCAUGGCCGGAAUCAAUAAAGUCUGUUUACAGAGCUACU